AUGAAGAACUUGAUAAGAAGGAUAAGUAGGAAGAAGGAGCAAUCUUCAUCUAUGUCGCCACCUCGAUACUCAAGAUUAAGUUGUGAGGAAGUGAUGAAUAAUAAUCAUCCUAGACGUGAAACUCGAAAAGGGCGUGUGCCUAUUAUGGUAGGCAAGUGUGAGGAAGAAGAAGAGAGAUUUAUGUUACCUCUUGGUUGGAUGAAUCAUCCUAUUAUUGUUGAUUUGCUUCAAUUAUCUGCCAAUGAAUUUGGUUAUCAUCAAGAAGGUGUUAUUCAUAUACCUUGUGAAACAUGUCAUUUUAGACUUCUUUUGGAAAAUAUUUCUUCCAAUUAA